UGUCAGAGUUCGCUCAGGAGCUGGGCGCAGCGAUGGAGAACCACUCCGUCAACGUACGACGUCUGGUCGACGAGUUUCGCAGCCGAUCCGGGGACACCAGAGUCGAUUCCGGCGGGAUGCGUCGAGUUUGGGAGAGUUUGCUGCGUCAGGUGCAGUCGGACGCGGAGGCUCAUUUAGAUUUGGCCGCGGUUCUUCAGCAGCAGCUGUCCAGACCCACCUUGGAGGCCAGCUUCCAUCGCAAACUCCAGUCGAGAAAGGUGUUCACGCAUCGGGAGGCCUACGAACAGGUGGUAACGAAAACCGAGGAGAAGCUGCAACGUGCCCGCGUUGAUUACAAGCGCGCGUACGCCGCGCUGUUGACGACAGAUGGCGGGAGCGAGCAGGAGCUGAAGCGCGCCUAUUUCGAGGCGCACAACGCGUACGUUCUUCAGUUGAGAGCCACGAAUGCCAUCACGGAACGUUACCAGUCGCGAUGCUUGCCCGGCCUGCUCGGCGAGAUCGCGGAAGUGUACGAGGAGCUAUGCGGAUUGGCUUGCAAGUGCGUGGCCGGGAUAUCGAAGGCGGCCGCGGAGAGGGCGGGCGAACAGACGAAGCGUUAUCAGGCGGUGGCGAAGGAGGCUCAAGUGAUAGCUCCGCUGAACGACUUGCAAAUUUUGGCGCGAAGCUUGUUAGCCACCGCGACCCCGUCGAAGAAGCCCUCGAGACGGCUGUUCGUGGCGCCAGGCCCCCCGGAGCAAGUUCCCAUGGAAAGAAUUAGCCAAAUACCGUCUUUGAGGGACGAAAUAGUCCCGACAGGAACCAGUACUCUACCCCUGAUGGAAGAUUUACGACGGGAGCAGGAUAGCCUGGCUCAAGAGAUCACGCGGCUCCAAGACGCCUUGGACACGUUGAUCCGCAUGCAACGAAAGAGCGCCGAGAGCAACCUUUACACGAAAGUGGCCGAGCUGCAGGAGGAUAUAUCUAUGAAGCGUUUCGAGCUCGGCGAGGCGCAGCUGUACCUCGCAGCUGUGCAAGCA